AGACGUCUAAGGAAAUUAACUCAGACUCAGAGAAUUUGAGUCAACUUCAAAAAACCAUCCACCACCAGCAAGAUAACUUAUCCCAGCAGCUGAGCAACUACAGGAACUUUCCCACGGAGGAGGAACUGCUCAAAUCACAGAUCUCCAAUCUAUUAAAGAAGCAGGGACAAAUGGCCAUCAAACUCUGUCAAGAGCUAGUCAUUCACACUUCAGAUCACAAAUGCAAUCCUUGUCCUAAGAUGUGGCACUGGCACCAAAACAGCUGCUAUUAUUUUGCAACGAAUGAAGAGAAAACUUGGAGUAACAGUAGAAAAAACUGCAUGGACAAGAACUCCACCUUGGUGAAGAUAGACAGCUUGGAGGAAAAGCAUUUUCUGAAGUCCCAACCAUUACCCAAGCUUUCUUUCUUCUGGUUGGGAUUAUCAUGGGAUCCAUCUGGCAGAAGUUGGCUGUGGGAAGAUGGUUCUAGCCCCUCUCCAGCCUUGUAA